GGCGAUAUAUCGGGUCUCCGUUCCGUAAUUGACAUCCAAACGGAAUAUAAUUUUGUGCAGUGGCGUUUAAAGUUGCCUCCCUCCCGCUCUCCCUGCCUGGGCAAAACCCAUCGGUUUCCUUCUCAAGGAAUUUUCCGCACUGCAAUUUUCACCAUGGCUUCAUCAUCAGCUCCUUUCCAGAUAAUUGACGACGAUGAUGAUUUUGACUGGGAAGCAGCUGUGAGGGAGAUCGACGUGGCUUGUGAGGCCACAGCCGCUGCCGCUGCCGUGAAUGUGCCUUUCUCUUCUUCUUCUUCUGCCGGUGCUUCAACUUCGAAUUAUGCCCCAAUCAAGCAAACGCAUCAAAAGCUCAAUGGUGCUCCUGCUAGGCAGUCUACGCUGGAUAAAUUUAUGGGCUUUUCGUCAAAAGUGAAGAACGCGGAACCCGCACCCCACAAUUCGAACGGCUUUGGAGAUAUAAAUGAGAAUGAUUUUGAUAAUGAUGAGAGUGAUGACAAAGGUUGCUGCGUUCCAAUUGAUAUUGAGGCUGCAAAAACUUGGAUUUAUCCAGCGAAUCUUCCUUGUCGGGAUUAUCAAUUCUCAAUCACAAGGACUGCACUGUUUUCCAAUACUUUAGUGGCAUUACCUACCGGGCUUGGAAAAACCUUCAUUGCUGCUGUUGUAAUGUAUAAUUAUUUCAGGUGGUUUCCAGAAGGAAAAAUUGUUUUUGCAGCUCCUUCUCGGCCCCUUGUUAUGCAACAGAUUGAGGCAUGCCAUAACAUUGUAGACAUACCACAGGAAUAUACAAUUGAUCUGACCGGUCAAACAAAUCCUACUAGAAGAGCAAGCUUGUGGAAAGAAAAACGAGUUUUCUUUGUUACUCCACAAGUGCUGGAGAAGGACAUCCUUUCUGGUACAUGUAUGGUGAAACAUCUUGUUUGCUUGGUGAUUGAUGAAGCUCAUCGUGCUACUGGAAAUUACUCUUAUUGUGUAGUGGUUCGCGAGUUGAUGGCUGUUCCUAUACAACUCAGAAUACUGGCAUUAAGUGCAACACCUGGAUCUAAACAACAGGCAGUUCAGAAUAUUAUUGAUAAUUUACAAAUAUCCACACUAGAAUACCGAAAUGAAGGUGAUCCUGAUGUGCUCCCUUAUGUGCAUGACCGAAAGAUACAACUCAUAAAGGUUCCCAUGGGAAAAGAUGCUGUUGAAAUUAAUAAUCUGCUUUCGGAUGUAAUACGCCCAUUUGCUGCUCGGCUUUCUGCAUUAGGAGUACUUCAGAAUAGAGAUUAUCUGGCAUUCAGCCCAUGUGAUAUACUUAAUUCACGGGACAAGUUUCAUAGAGAUCCCCCCAGAGACCUGCCGCAUACGAAGUAUGGUGAAAUUGAAGGAUACUUUGCAGUUCUGUUGACACUUUAUCAUACACGAAAGUUACUCUCGAGCCAUGGAAUAAAAUAUGCAUUUGAGAUGGCUAAUGACAAGCUGCAACAGGGGGCAUCUGGUAGGCUAUUGAGUAGAAAUGAAACUCUUUUGAAAGCAAAACUUCUAAUGCAGAAAACUGUAGAUCAUGGGGCUCCUAGUCCCAAACUAUCAAAAAUGCUGGAAAUACUAAGUGAUCACUUUAAAAUGAAUGAUCCUAACAACUCAAGGGUUAUCAUUUUCUCAAAUUAUAGAGGAAGCGUCAGGGACAUAUUGGAUGAAUUAGCAAACAUAGGACCAUCUGUUAAAGCAACUGAGUUCAUUGGCCAAAGCUCAGGCAAAGCAUCAAAGGGACAGUCACAAAAAGUACAACAGGCUGUUCUUGAGAAAUUUCGAGCUGGCGUGUACAAUGUCAUUGUUGCAACCUCAAUUGCAGAAGAAGGUCUGGAUAUAAUGGAAGUUGAUCUGGUCAUAUGUUUUGAUUCUAAUGUCUCCCCUUUGAGAAUGACUCAGCGCAUGGGGAGGACAGGAAGGAAACAUGACGGACGAGUUGUAGUUUUAGCUUUUGAAGGAUCAGAAUUAAAAGGUUAUCUGCGAAAACAAGCGAACAGCAAGAAUUUGAAAAAGAUCAUGUGGAAUGGAGGAAUGAAUAGCUUUAAUUUUCAUCCCAGUCCAAGGAUGAUUCCACAUGUUAUCAGACCAGAAGUUCAGCAUGUUAAGCUUUUGAUUGAAACAUUUGUUCCUCGUGGCAAGAAAGCAAAAGGCGCUCACCCUGUUCAAAUUCCUACACUGGAAAACAAACUCAGUGACAAUGAAAUAGACUUGCUCGCAAAAUAUUUCAACUCAAGUGGAGAGAGUUUGUCGAAGCCAUCAUUAAUUGCAUACCGUCAUUUCCAGGCCUUUCCAUCUAGAGUGCACAGAGUAUCACAUUCAUUUAGAACAGAGAUGCUAAUAGAUGCAAUGCAGCAUUUGGAAGGGUUAGCAUUUUCCAGUUAUGCCAAAGCUUCAAGUGAGGUUGAAACGCCUGGAAAUCUGUGCAUGAGAGUUGAAGCUGCAGAAACAUAUGAAAAUGGUGAAGAAGAUUUGGAGACAUUUGGCUGCUCAUCAGAAGAGGAUUGCGAGAGAGAAUUAUCAGAGAAUGAUAAAGAUCCAGCGAAAACAACAGUUGAAGUGAUAAAUUCUGUGAAGGAAUUUACAGGGAAGAAUUCCCACACCCAUCUCUCUCUAUUUGACUCAGAGCUUGUGACUGUUGAUGAUCUAGGAAAUGUCCUAGUCUCACCAGUUCCACGACUUUCUUCCAAAGAAGCUCCGGAGUCUAAAUGUGUGGGUGUUGACUUGAUGGCUAUGAUGAAGCUUCCAAAGGAAGAUGUUUGUGACCUUAUGGAUUCAGAUGAUCUUAUCCAUGAAAAGACUAUGAAAUUUAAAGGAGUGUUUGAUGAUCUUGGGGAGAGAGUGGAAGAGAAUGUUCAGGCAUCCAGAUUCUGCAAUAUGGAUGAAUGGCAAGAAGAAGUGUUUCAGUCAGACAGAGUUCUUCAAACUCCAGUUUGCAAGGUAAAAUCAAAAGAUAGUAGAACUGCGGAGGAUCCUGAAGCAAUACUAGAUAAUACAGAUAUUAAAAAAUUGAGCAAUGACUCUGAAGAUGUGGCAGCACUUAGUCCACGACUAACUAACUUUAUCUUGAGUGGCGUUGUUCCGGAAUCUCCCUUAAACAGUCCAGAUAGAGAAAAAGACGAAGGACAGAAGCUGAAUUCAGACGACUUAAUGGGAUCCUUGCAAAAGAGUAAUCAGGCUGUCCAUUACAGUACUACCAUUGGGGAAAAUGUUCUGCGUUCACAAAUCAAUGAAACAUUCACUCCUUUACAAAGAAGGGAUAAAAAUGGAGAAAGGGAGGCAUCAAGAGAUUCAAGGUCUUCCCUUCCAAAUUUUUAUGGUAAUCAAAGUCCUUUUGAAAAACUGUCGAGCCCAAGCUGUAGCAAAGACUGGUAUCUGGAAUCUCAACACAAGUCAGAAAGAGUUGGACAAAAGCAAUUUAGAAGAUUGCGCAAGCUAGGUGAUGUUUGCAGAAAAACCUCUCUAGAAUGCAACGAGCAAACCACUAUUUCUCCAAAAAGACUGGCAGGCUCUUGUUUUACCAGCAACCAAACUGUAAAUAAGAAACGCAGAGGUGAGAUGAAGCAAGUAAAAGAUGCUAGGGCAUUCAUUGAAGUGGAAGCCGAGGUGUCUUCAGAUGGCUUGGUAUCUGAUGAUGAGGAAGAAGAGGACUGUAAUUCAUAUGAUGAUAGUUUCAUUGAUGACAGGAUAAAUCUUACUGCAGCAGACACUCAAGCUGACUCCAGUAGAAUGGACAUGAUGGCAAUUUACAGACGAUCUUUACUUACUCAAUCACCAAUGGCGCAAUUGCCAAAAGCUUCCACUCAUCAAACUCCAGAUUCUAUGGCUCCAAGAAGCAUAACAAAUGUAACUAUGAGCUCUUCAGGAACAGAAUAUCACCCAACACCCCAGGCUGGCUUAGAGUCUUCAACUAGACGUUCAGAAGCAACGCCAUGUGCAACCACAUGUCCUUUAGAAGAGAAAGAGAGCAAGAUCGAAAACAGAAAACGAAAAGCUAGCUCUUGCGAGACUAGCCCUCUACCUGCACGGAAUUUGGAGAAUGAUUUCUUGCUUCAGCCAGAAACCGGAGGAGGCAGAAGCUCACCCCUUCCAGUUCAAGAGCGUAAGAACGAAGAUAUGGUUUUAUUUGAUGAUGAUGAUGAUGAAUUUUUUCGAGGUAUUGAUCUUGAUGCAGUGGAAGAAGAAGCUGCAAGAAUACUUAGGCAUAAAUCACAAAACCAAGCCACUUCAAUACCAAUUCCUCGAAAUAUUGAUCUUUUCAGUGAUGCUCCUUCAUUUGAUCUUGGAAUUUAGUUUUGUGGACUAGUGUUAACAUUUCUCUACUCACCUGUACAUAAAUUAAUUUUCAGGGUAUUAUUAUUUAAUGGAUUAAAGUGACAAAUGUGUCACUUAACAACAAAGGAACUGUGAAUUGUAAAGAAAUGAAAAUUUUUGCAUCAUUAUAGGGUUAGUCAAUGCCUUUCAUCAGUCCUAAUAAAAGUAUGAAGCCAUUUUUUGUUCU